AUGUCCCUAAAUUUGGAUGUCUUGGGACCGCCAAAGGACACUGAGGACGACAGCCGAAUGAUUGCAGAUCAUCAACCUCCAGCUGUUCCUCAUAGUCUCACUGCAGUGCGUCUCACACUGGACGAUCGUUGGCUGAUAACCUGGGCCGGUCCACAGUUGAACGAACUAGGAAUGAAUCAUGGUCGGAAAAUUUGCGGAUAUCAGGUAGAACUGAACGGAGCAGAAGUCAAACGCAUUGACAGCCCAUUCGUAACGAAAUGUAUCCUUCAACUGGGAACUCAAUCAAGCAAGACCCAUCGAGGAUGUGUUGGUGUAAAGAUGGUUGCAGAUGGCGAGAACUUUUCGGAGAGCGCCCAGCUGGAGUUGUGGAACACAGAAGCAAACAGUUCGAAACCUGCUUUCGCGAAUAAUCUUGCUCUCCACCAAAUUGCAGCUGAGUAGCGACGCAAUCACAGUGCACGACUUAAACGUUUCAGAAGUUGAGACCAUCGUCUUUACUUCCAAGAAUCGGUUCCAUCCUGACAGAUACAAAACCACAUAAUCAUGAUCUUCCAGAAAGCGUG